GUGUCACAGAAAUGUAUGGAGGAUACCAACACUUUCCUCUGGGAACUCAACCAGGACAGGCCGAAGGAAUAUGCUGUUCUCAUGUAUGAUGCAUUUGGAAAGAUGGGUAGCAAUGUUGCGGGCGGUAAUGCCAACCAGCCUGGCUUGCUGCAGCAGUGCCGCUCUGCCCACGGUGCCACCUUCUCUGGACAGUACUGCCAGGUGUUCCUUAGGCAGGAUACAGUCCAGUACUUUGUGGGUAUCUGUGUUCCUGACUCCUGUGGGGAAGAGGAGGUGCAAAUGCUGGUGGUGUACGGGCGAUUUCAGUUUGGCCAGACGUCCCUCAUUCCUCCUUUGCCUCCCAUCCUGGUCAAUCAGUCCACUCAGGAGAUGAUCAUGACUCACUGUUUGUCCAACACCACUGCCCCCGAUGCAUCAGACAUCACCUGCCUGUUUGUGUGUUGCAUAAUGGUAGCAGUUCCUCUUGCGGCCACCCUUUUUACAGCUAUAAUGAGGUGGCAGCGGAACAGAGAGGUCAGUCCAACAGCAGAGGCUUCCUGUUUAAACACUGGCCCCAACCUUUAUGGGACCUUGAAGACUAACAGCUCCUCCAGCAGCGAAAUUAACAGCAGCACAUCGGAGGAAAAUAGUAAGUGCAGCGCGUUUUUGUAGAGCCACACUCCACUGUGUUUUCCCCGAAGCUGCGUGUACCGGUGCCUUCAGGUGUUCUCUCUACAAACAACCAGCCAGGGUGUCUUCAGCACCUCCCCAGCCAUCCCCGGAGGAGGCUACUCCUCCCUGAACGGCAUCCGUGUUCUCAGCCUGUUAUGGAUCAUGUGUGGUCACUCUGCACAGUUCCCUGUGAUAAACAACCUGGAUAACUACAAAAACUGGAGGAAGACAGUUGAAAGCAACCCUCUGUAUGUGCUUACCAUCAGCGGACCUGUUUUUCUGGCUGUGGACACCUUUUUGCUGCUAGGGGGUCUGCUAAGUGCCAGAUCUCUGCUGGGCUCCAUCGACAGGGCUGAGGACAAACUGAGCCCCAAGGUGGUGGCCAACUACCUCUUCAAGAGGAUUAAAAGGAUUCAACCCCUGCAUCUGUUUAUUAUGUGUCUAACCAUUGGCCUCAUCUCUCUGGUCCAGUGGGGGCCAUACUGGUUCCCAUUUAUAGAUACAUUGAUGGAUUGUAAGACUUACUGGUGGGCUAACUUACUGCUGAUCAGCAAUCUCCUCCCAGUCCAUGAGAUAUGCAUUCCUUGGACAUGGUACCUGUCUCUGGACUUCCAGUGUUAUGCCACCACGCCUCUGCUGGUCUAUUUCUACAGACUAAACAAAGGCGUUUUCACGGUUGUUGCCGGAGGCCUCCUGCUGAUGACCACUGUGACCAGCGCUGUUAUAACUGCACUCCUGCAGCUGCCGGUCUUCCAGCCGUCUACACUGACAUCUGAGAACUAUGUCUUGUAUUACUAUGUGAAACCCUACACAAGAUAUGGGCCGUUUUUAAUAGGGAUCUUGACUGGAAUAUACUUGACAAUGAAGAAAGAUCAGCUGUUAAAGCAAAAGUGGCAGGCAGCACUUGGCUGGUUCUUCUGUCUGUCACUCAUGGCUGUGUUGGUCGGACUGGCCUACAUCCUCAGGGAGACCCCCGCCUACCCGUCUGUCCCACAUGCCCUCUACCAGGGACUGCACAGACCGCUCUGGGCUCUGGCUGUGACCUGGAUCAUACUGGCCUGUGAGGAGGGUUACGGAGGUUUUAUCAAGAGCUUCUUGUCAUUUGGUUUCUGGGUUCCUCUGUCCAACAUUAGUUUUGCCUGCUAUCUGACACAUCCUGUCUUCAUCAUCCUCUAUAUUGGCUUGCAAGAGACCCCAAUCCACUACACUGACAUCAACUUUAUGUACCUGUUCCUGGGCCACCUGGUGCUCACGCUGGUGGUGAGCUAUGUGUUCACUGUGCUGGUGGAGAAGCCCUACCUCCUUCUAAAAUGGAGCAGUACAUAG